AUGGGUUGCGGAAUGAGCACAGAAGAGAAGGAGGGCAAGGCCCGGAACGAGGAGAUUGAGAACCAGCUGAAGCGGGAUCGCAUGCAGCAGCGCAAUGAGAUCAAGAUGCUCCUUCUGGGUGCUGGUGAAUCCGGAAAGUCGACUAUUUUGAAGCAGAUGAAGCUUAUCCACGAGGGCGGAUACUCGCGUGACGAACGGGAGUCGUUCAAGGAGAUUAUUUUCAGCAACACGGUCCAGUCAAUGCGAGUUAUCCUCGAGGCGAUGGAGUCGCUCGAGCUCCCCCUGGAGGACCAACGCAUGGAAUAUCACGUCCAGACCAUCUUCAUGCAGCCCGCCCAAAUCGAAGGAGAUGUUCUGCCUCCAGAGGUGGGCAACGCUAUCGAAACAUUAUGGAAGGACCGUGGAGUACAGGAGUGCUUCAAGCGCUCGAGGGAAUACCAACUGAACGACUCUGCAAGAUAUUACUUCGACAAUAUCGCCCGCAUCGCCGCCCCCGAUUACAUGCCGAAUGACCAGGAUGUGCUGCGGUCCCGUGUGAAGACGACUGGAAUAACCGAGACGACGUUCAUCAUCGGAGACCUGACAUACAGGAUGUUCGACGUGGGUGGUCAACGAUCUGAGCGCAAGAAGUGGAUUCACUGCUUCGAGAACGUCACAACAAUUCUCUUCUUGGUUGCCAUCUCGGAAUACGACCAGCUGCUGUUUGAGGACGAGACUGUCAACCGUAUGCAAGAGGCUCUGACCCUGUUCGAUUCGAUCUGCAACUCGAGGUGGUUUAUCAAGACCUCCAUCAUCCUAUUCCUCAACAAGAUCGACCGCUUCAAGGAGAAGCUGCCAGUCAGCCCCAUGAAGAACUACUUCCCAGACUACGAGGGUGGCGACGACUACUCAGCGGCAUGCGAGUACAUUCUGAACCGUUUCGUCAGCUUGAACCAGCACGAGACAAAACAGAUCUAUACCCAUUUCACAUGUGCCACCGACACUACCCAGAUCCGCUUCGUCAUGGCCGCGGUCAACGUCACAGAUAUCAUCAUCCAGGAGAACCUUCGUUUGUGCGGUCUAAUCUAA